CCUUUCCGUCCUCCCCCCCGACAGUCACCAUGAACGGCAUCAAGAGCGUCAACGGUACCAACGGUACCGAGGGUAUCAAUGGUACCACCGGUGCGGUCAAGGCCUCCAAGCCCAACAUUGGCGUCUUCACGAAUCCCAACCACGACCUGUGGGUUAGCGAGGCCACACCGACGCUGGAGAGCGUCCAGAAGGGAGAGGAGCUUAAGGAGGGUCAGGUGACCGUCGCCAUCAGGAGCACAGGUAUCUGCGGGUCGGAUGUCCACUUCUGGAAGCACGGCUGCAUCGGCCCCAUGAUCGUCGGUUGCGACCACAUUCUCGGCCACGAGUCCGCCGGCGAGGUCAUCGCCGUGCACCCCAGCGUGACGAGCCUCAAGGUGGGGGACCGCGUCGCCGUGGAGCCCCAGGUGAUCUGCAACGAGUGCGAGCCGUGCCUGACGGGCCGGUACAACGGGUGCGAGAAGGUCGACUUCCUGUCGACGCCGCCCGUGCCGGGCCUGCUGCGGCGCUACGUCAACCACCCGGCCGUGUGGUGCCACAAGAUCGGCGACAUGUCGUACGAGGACGGCGCGAUGCUCGAGCCCCUCUCGGUGGCCCUCGCGGGCCUGCAGAGGGCCGAGGUGCGGCUGGGCGACCCGGUGCUCGUCUGCGGCGCGGGACCCAUCGGCCUCAUCACGAUGCUCUGCUGCAAGGCGGCCGGCGCGUGCCCGCUGGUCAUCACGGACAUUGACGAGGGCCGGCUGCGUUUCGCCAAGGAGAUCUGCCCGGAGGUCGUCACCCACAAGGUCGAGCGGCUGUCGGCCGAGGAGUCGGCCAAGGCGAUCGUCAAGAGCUUCGGGGGCAUCGAGCCCGCGGUGGCGCUCGAGUGCACGGGCGUCGAGAGCAGCAUCGCCGCCGCCAUCUGGGCGGUCAAGUUCGGCGGCAAGGUGUUUGUCAUCGGCGUCGGCAAGAACGAGAUCCAGAUCCCCUUCAUGCGCGCCAGCGUCCGCGAGGUCGACCUGCAGUUCCAGUACCGCUACUGCAACACCUGGCCGCGGGCCAUCCGCCUGGUCCAGAACGGUGUCAUCGACCUCAAGAGGCUCGUCACGCACCGCUUCGGCCUAGAGGACGCCAUCAAGGCGUUCGGGACGGCGUCGGAUCCCAAGACCGGCGCUAUCAAGGUGCAGAUCCAGAGCCUGGAUUGAAGCAUCAUUGAUAUUUUUUAUAUUUUAAUUUUAACCCUUUGGCGUUUUCCCUUUUGCUUCGUUUGCAUCUCG